AUGAAGUCCACCAUCCUCAUCAGUGCCCUUGCGGCGGCCACCCACGCCUAUGGCCUCGACAUGUCUCCGCCUCACCCAGACUACAUCUUCGCCAACCCUGCCGUGGAGACUGCCGGCCGCCGCAUCCCCACCGCCCACGAGUCGGCCGUCAUGGGCCGCCGUAUCCUGGCCCUCACCAAGCUGGGCCAUCUCGCCACCGUCUUCCCCUCCCCGUCCUCGUCCUCGUCGUCGUCGUCGUCCUCGUCCUCCACCCGUGACCACGACGACGAGACCGAGGCACAAGACUGGCGACGUCCCGCCGGCCUCGAAGGCGCCCCCAUCGGCAUGAUGGACUACGUCGCCGACUGCGAGUCCGAAGGCAACCCCACCAUCCUCGCCAUCAACAUCGCCACGACCUUCCAGAACAUCCGCGCCGGCUCCAACCUCUCCGUCUCCGUGCGCUGGACGCCCCCCUACCCGCCCGUCAACCGCAUGAUGAUGGCGGCGCCUCACCAUCGCGGCCACGCCAUCGGUCCCGCCGGCCGCAGCUGGCUCCAACGGGCCCGCGACUACCUCUUCUCCCAAGGGCCUGCCUCCUCGUCCUGCUCCGCCUCCUCCUCGCACGACAACGACGGCGAAAAGUGCCAGUCCCACGACGACGAGCACACCCGCGGCCUCCCUCGCGACACGGUCCCCUACUCCGCCGCCAACCUCCCGCGCCUCUCCCUGAUCGGCUACCUCGAGAAGAUCGACGAAGCCGCCGACCCCCUCGUCGCCGCCCGCCUCGCCGCCUGCUUCGUGCGCACCCACCCGGACGCCAAGUACUGGCUCCCCGGCAACCGCAUCCACGCGAGCGAGUGGGCCCGCCUCGUCGUCACCUCCGUCUACUGGGUCGGCGGCUUCGGCGACCGCGCCUACAUCGGCUGGCUGCCCGUCGACGACUGGCACAGCAUCACCCGCGACGAGUGGGAGGCCGUCGAGCUGCCCGGCGAGCGCGAGGGCUGGAGGGAGUGGAGCGUCGUCCCCGGCCACGAGGAGAAGGCGUUCGCCGCCGACCUCUAG